AUGAAGUAUCUGGACGAGCCUAGACUUGCCUACUGGAGCAACUUCCUGCGGAGCGUGGAGCUUGGGGACAGGCUGCUGUCCGUCCGCACGGACGCCUUUUCGUGCAAAAAAGCCGGCGACGACAAGCGACUGUCCAAGGAACUCGAGCGCCAGCUCAGCGCCUCCCUACCGACCCCGUCCCGGUCAUCAUCAGCGCCCUCCGCGGCCUCCGCCGCCGCCGUUACUCCGACGACCACCACCCCCGCAGCGGGCGGGUUUACUGCGGGUGGCGGCGGCGGCGGCGCGGCGGCGGGGGCGGCCUUUGGCACGUCCCCUAGCUUCGGGGUGUUGACCGAUGUCGGGGUGCGUCGGACGCUGGUGGACCUUAUCUGCACCAUGAACGCCUCCUUCCCGGACUACGACUUCAGCGGUGUUAGGCCGGACAGCUUCGACAAGGAGGCCAGCGUCAGCCUCGUGAGAAAUAAGGUCAACGCCGCCCUUGCGGAGGUGUCCGUGAUACACAACAAGAUAUUCCUGGAGAGCUUCUGGGCCGACUUGGACGAGGUGAUGACGCUCAAGGACUGCGAGGUUUACUCCUACUCGCCGGACAUGGAGGGAGACCCCUUCACCGAGGGGUGCCUGUGGUCCUUCAACCACUUCUUCCUGAACAAGAACCUCAAGAGAGUGCUCUUCCUGCACUGCACCACGAAGAGCAAGCUUCACGUGAUGGAGGACAUGCUGGGGUCGGACAGCGAUGCUGAUGAUGAUGAUGAGGAGGAGGAGCAGGACGAUGCGGACAUGGACCAAGAGAACGACAACGACACCUGCCCGGGGUAUAUCAUGGGCGAUAUGGACAUGGAGCCGGCGGGAGGAGACGACGAUUCUCUGGGAUAA